AUGGUGAUGAAAAACAAAGUCAUUGUGGAUGAGGAAGAGGAAGUCAUUACUCAACAUGAAAGCUCGUCUACUGCUCAUCAAGAGGAAGCAGAAACAUCAAGCAAAAUAAAUGGAGAGGAAGAAUCAGAAACUGAUGAUGAUGAGGAGGAGGAUGAAGAGGAAUCCGAUGAUGAUGAAGAAGAGGAAGAUGAUAAAUUAUCGGAAACACCCAUCACGAACGAUGAUAAUGAGAGUAUUGCCAGCAGUGCACAACAAAGUACCACUACCUUGCAGGAAGGAGAGAAUAAUCUUCUUCCAACCAAUUUGGACGGAGCUGUGGACGCUUUGUCCCUGACAAGUGCAACAACUAUCACCAACGCAGAUAACCCUCAAUUUAAAAAACCUGCUCGAAAACGGAAGGAUAAAGCUGAUGAAGCAAUUAAAAAGGUACUAAAGAGAGUGGAAUCUGCAUCAAUGAGCGGAGAUGGAAAGAAAAAGAAGAAACGACCCCACAAACAUACAACAAAUGAGUACAAGCCAUACACAUCCAAUCAUGUUCCAAUAGUGAGAAGUGUUUGGUCUUCAAAUGGAAACUAUCUUGUUAUUCCCAAAGAUGUGAAAAAUGUUUCGGAAUUUCUCUUCACACGACCAACAAAAAAGAAAAAGAAUUAG